AAUACUUGUGCUUAUGAGAGAUUAAUCAUGCUUUAUGAUUGUUUGUAUGAAAAAACACUUGGUCAACUUCUAUAGUUACUCAUUUUCUUUAUUAGAUUAGUACAUUUCUUGUUUUUUUUGUUCAUAUGAGGUCAUAGGAGAAGAUGAGUCCAGUUUGGUAAUUUUAAGCAUAUUGAUUCUUAUUAUACUGUGUCCUCAAUGGUAGACUAUGACCCUGCUGCUGUUGCAACACUUACAGUUGAAGAAAGCAACCAGAAUCUUGAUGUUCAGUCGAAUGUUUCUGGUUUGAAAAGUGAUUCUUCAACGCUAAUCAAAACCAACAAGGGAGGACAAAACGUCGAAGAAACGUUGGAGAGUUUCAAGAUGCAGUUAAAUGCUUUGGGCAUCAGCGAUGAUGAGAAGUCUGAAGUCAAGAAGCAGCUGCAGAAGUAUGCAAGACAGAGGAAUUUCGAUUUGCCUGUGUACUCUUGUGAAUGUGAUCAGGGUCCUGAGGCCACUCACUUUAAGGCAACAGUUACAGUUGGUGAUCAAAUUUUUGAGAGCUCUGAAUUCUUCAACACUUUGAAAGAUGCUGAAAGUGAUGCUGCAAAGGUUGCUUUGAUAGUGGAGAACUUUCAGGAGGAUGAGUCUCGCGUAUACAAGAAUCUCUUGCAAGAGCUAGUUCAGAGAGAAAAUUUAAGCACUCCAGUUUAUAAAACUAUAAAACACGGUGAGCCCCACAAGCCUAUUUUCUUUACUAGUGUGGAGCUGGAUGGAGAAAUAUUCCAUGGGAAAGCAGCAAAGUCCAAGAAACAGGCAGAGUUAAAUGCUGCAAGGGCUGCCUAUGUUGCUCUUAAGGAACGUGGAUCAACUCAGAUAGACAAGUUUACUUCCUGUAGUUUAAGAGGACAUGCUCCCAAAUCUACUUCGAGCCCUGAAGUGACCUGUGACUUGCUGCAAAAUCUCAAACACCAAUGCAUUUUGGCUCCAUAUCCAGCUCAAACUUAUGUUGAAGCUAAAGAGAAGAUUGCAGAGUCAGCAGAAGCUAUUCUAAGCACAGUCGCAGUGGACAGCAGUAGCUCAUAUCCGGCAAUAACACCUCAUAUGGAAAAAAUGAUUGGAGCUAAGAAAGUUUCUUCAGUCAGAAACUCGAACACGAGGAAUGGUGAAGGUACUGAUGUGAAGAGUUACUUGCUUUGCAACAAGGUGAGAGUGUACCGACAGUUGCCGAAUUAUCCAUUCCCUGAAGACAUUACUGUACUCCCCAUUAGUGAUGAUAAGUGGGUGGCUGUCAGCUUGGAGUUCCCAAAUGAAGAAAAGAAUUGACAAUUCAUCCGUGAUUCUCUAUACUUUCCCCUUGAAAACAGAAAUGCAUUGGACAAAGUUUUUACUAUUACAUUAGCUAACUAAAGCUCCUUGCCUUUGAAAAAAAUACUAUAAGAUUUGAUGCCUGUGUAUGUUUAUAUUACAACUCAAGUUAUAUGAUAAGUUCAUUGUUAUAAUAUAUAUAUAUAUAUAUAUAUAUAUAUUGCAAGUUUUUUCGGUAUUUGGAUGAUGCUAAUUUUGUGUU